GAUAUCUCCGCGGCGGGGUCGCUCUCCUCUCCCUUGCCUUUCCCCGAAAUUGCGUGGUGGAGGCCUCGCAUCGCUCCCCACCCGUCGUCACCCGUGCCGUAGCCUCACGGGACUCUUCUCCCUUUAAAUCCCCAUCCCCUCCCGUCUCCUCCACCACUCAUCCAAUCCUCCCUGCCAAGCGAGCCCCAGAAAGUUUCCGAUCGAAUCGAAGCCAAGGCUUUCUCGUCCUCCGAGAUGCAGAUCUUUGUGAAGACCCUCACCGGCAAGACCAUCACCCUUGAGGUCGAGUCCUCUGACACGAUCGACAACGUCAAGGCGAAGAUCCAGGACAAGGAGGGCAUCCCUCCGGACCAGCAGCGCCUCAUCUUUGCUGGCAAGCAGCUUGAGGACGGUCGCACCCUCGCUGACUACAACAUCCAGAAGGAGUCCACCCUCCACCUGGUGCUCCGCCUGCGUGGUGGAAUGCAGAUCUUCGUCAAGACCCUCACCGGCAAGACCAUCACGCUCGAGGUUGAGUCUUCGGACACCAUAGACAACGUCAAGGCGAAGAUCCAGGACAAGGAGGGCAUCCCCCCGGACCAGCAGCGCCUCAUCUUUGCUGGGAAGCAGCUUGAGGACGGCCGCACCCUUGCUGACUACAACAUCCAGAAGGAGUCCACCCUCCACUUGGUGCUCCGCCUGCGUGGUGGGAUGCAGAUCUUCGUCAAGACCCUCACCGGCAAGACCAUCACGCUCGAGGUCGAGUCUUCGGACACCAUCGACAACGUGAAGGCGAAGAUCCAGGACAAGGAGGGCAUCCCCCCGGACCAGCAGCGCCUCAUCUUUGCCGGCAAGCAGCUUGAGGACGGCCGCACCCUCGCUGACUACAACAUCCAGAAGGAGUCCACCCUCCACCUGGUGCUCCGCCUGCGUGGUGGGAUGCAGAUCUUCGUCAAGACCCUCACCGGCAAGACCAUCACGCUUGAGGUUGAGUCUUCGGACACCAUCGACAACGUGAAGGCGAAGAUCCAGGACAAGGAGGGCAUCCCCCCGGACCAGCAGCGCCUCAUCUUUGCCGGCAAGCAGCUUGAGGACGGCCGCACCCUCGCUGACUACAACAUCCAGAAGGAGUCCACCCUCCACCUGGUGCUCCGCCUGCGUGGUGGGAUGCAGAUCUUCGUCAAGACCCUCACCGGCAAGACCAUCACGCUCGAGGUCGAGUCCUCGGACACCAUCGACAACGUGAAGGCGAAGAUCCAGGACAAGGAGGGCAUCCCCCCGGACCAGCAGCGCCUCAUCUUUGCCGGCAAGCAGCUUGAGGAUGGCCGCACCCUUGCUGACUACAACAUCCAGAAGGAGUCCACGCUCCACCUGGUGCUUCGCCUCAGGGGUGGUAUGCAGAUCUUCGUGAAGACCCUCACCGGCAAGACCAUCACGCUUGAGGUCGAGUCAUCGGACACCAUCGACAAUGUGAAGGCGAAGAUCCAGGACAAGGAGGGCAUCCCACCGGACCAGCAGCGUCUGAUCUUUGCUGGUAAGCAGCUCGAGGAUGGCCGCACUCUGGCGGACUACAACAUCCAGAAGGAGUCCACCCUUCACUUGGUGCUCCGCCUCCGUGGUGGCCAGUAAGUGCCUGGCCAUGGAGCUGCUUAUGUCUCUGGGCUCACAAGUCAGUUGUCUUUCUGUGUCCUUCGAUGGGAUUGUCAGCGUGUCCUCGUCUGGUCUGUUCUUUGUUGCUACCGUGCUGUGGUCUAGCGUUAUGUCUGGUUGUGUCUGAACUUGCUGCUGUUGUGCAGCAGAUUUGGAUGAACUUGAAAGAAUAAGUGAGCCCUGAACUUGUGCC